CAAAUCCAUAGUCAAAAAGUAUUACGUUUUACCAAGUCAAUCCAUUCAAAGCCGCCAUUAAUACUCGACUUUAACUCUGUUCAUUCUAUAAAGAAACUAUCUCCAAUUUCUCCAUUAACAAAGCAGCCAUUGAAACACCAUGUCUUUGCUUUUCUUCUUCUUCUAUUUCUUGGCUCUCUUCCUCUGUAACCUUCCGCCAUUGUUGUCCCAGCAAGGCCAAUCCUUCAAUUUCUCGGAUUUCCCAUGGACUCCAUCUCAAAACAAGUUUCUUAUCUCCUCAAACAAAGUCUUCGCUGCUGGGUUUAAGUCAAUAGGUUCUUCUGCAAAUCUCUACACUUUCUCUGUUUGGUAUUACAACAUAUCUGGAAAUAACACCCUUGUUUGGUCGGCUAAUGAUGAUUCUCCGCUGACCCGAAAUUCGUCUCUUGUGAUCGGGGACAAUGGCGAGCUUCGUUUAAUAAACUCUUCGGGCCAAAACUUGUUGCCGGGGCAGCCAUCAGCGACUGGUAAUCGGAAUUCGACGAGGCUGGUAUUGGAAGAUGGGGGAAAUCUGACUUAUGGGAAUUGGCAGAGUUUCGAUUUUCCAACCGAUACCAUUUUACCCAACCAGAAGAUGAAAACAAAUGGGACGACUAUUCGUUCAAAUAACGAUAAAUUCAUCUUCCAGAACAGCAAAAGCCUUGUUUUCAAUUCAUCUCAAUACUGGGCCACUGAUAAUCCGUUUCUGAGACUGGAAUCAAGUGGGAAAGUGGUUCAAGCUAAUGGGGCGACUUUGGUUUCUUCCGAUUUCGGCGAACCCAAUCGUUUACGAAGACUGAAAUUGGAUUCCGAUGGAAAUCUCAGGAUUUACAGCUUUGAUUUGAGAUCCGGUGAGUGGGAAAUCGUCUGGUUAGCCGUUCAAGAAAUCUGCACCGUUCAUGGAACUUGCGGGCCUAACGCUAUUUGUAUGAACGAUGCAACGAACUCGGAUUCAACAUCUUGCGUAUGCCCGCCGGCAUUCAAGAAAAAAUCGGGUGAUAAUUCUUCAUGCGAGAUCAAAAUCCCGCUGGGGGAAAAGACCAAGUUUCUUCACCUGGAUUACGUUAAUUUCUCUGGCGGCGCAGAUCAAAGUAAUCUCAAGGUUCAAAAUUUCUCCAUGUGUCGAUCCAGAUGCUUGGCAAAUCCAAAUUGUUUGGGAUUUGCGUUCAAACUUGAUGGAAACGGCUACUGUGUGCUCCAGAUUGAUCGGUUGUUGUUCGGGUAUUGGUCUCCGGGGACGGAGGCCGCAUUCUACUUGCGCGUCGAUAAAUCCGAGACAGAACUAUCCGAGUUCAGAGGCAUGACGAGCUUGUUAGAAACGACAUGUCCCGUGACUAUAAGCCUUCCUUUACCGCCUGAAGAAUCCGAUACAACGACGAGGAAUUUAGUGAUAAUAUGUACCCUUUUCGCUGCUGAGCUUAUUUCUGGGAUUUUUUUCUUUUGGGGGUUCCUGAAAAAGUACAUCAAGUAUCGAGACAUGGCUCGAACGUUCGGACUCGAGUUCUUGCCUGCAGGCGGGCCUAAACGAUUCACCUACGCUGAGCUGAAAGCAGCGACAAAUGACUUCUCGAAUCUUAUUGGGAAAGGAGGGUUUGGCGAUGUUUAUAAAGGGGAAUUACCUGAUCACCGCGUUGUUGCGGUGAAGUGCUUGAAGAAUGUGGCCGGUGGGGAUGGGGAGUUUUGGGCAGAGGUUACCAUCAUCGCUCGAAUGCACCAUCUAAACCUGGUCAGGUUGUGGGGUUUUUGUGCCGAGAAAGGCCAACGAAUCUUGGUGUAUGAGUUUGUCCCAAAUGGUUCGCUCGACAAGUACAUCUUUCGAUCCACUCCAGUCCCCUCUAAUGAAUCGUUGGCCCAAGUCCCUAAUGCCCUUAUUCUUGAUUGGAACAUCCGAUACAGGAUCGCCCUCGGGGUGGCAAGAUCGGUUGCAUAUUUACAUGAAGAAUGCUUAGAAUGGGUGUUACAUUGCGACAUAAAGCCUGAAAACAUACUUUUGGGGGAUGACUUUUGCCCCAAGAUAUCUGAUUUCGGGCUAGCAAAGCUGCGAAAAAAGGAGGACAUGGUUAGCAUGUCGCGUAUACGGGGGACUCGAGGUUAUAUGGCACCAGAGUGGGUGAAAAUGGAUCCAAUAACACCGAAAGCCGACGUUUAUAGCUUUGGGAUGGUGUUGCUAGAGCUGGUGAGUGGGGUUCGAAACUUUGAUAUGCAAGACUCAUUGUUGGAUAAUAGUGAAGAUUGGUAUUUCCCAAGGUGGGCAUUCGACAAAGUGUUUAAAGAAAUGAAAGUGGAAGAUAUUUUGGACCGUCAAAUUAAGCAUUGUUUCGACAAUCGAAUGCAUUUGGAGUUGGUGGAUCGAAUGGUAAAGACGGCUCUUUGGUGCCUACAAGAUAGGCCAGAGGCUAGACCAUCAAUGGGGAAGGUUGCUAAGAUGUUGGAAGGGACUGUGGAAAUUACGGAACCUAAAAAACCCACAAUCUUUUACUUGGUAGACGAAUGAGACUUUAGGUGUUUUUUUGAAAGAGUAUUCGUCUCUCACAUCUAAGGCUAUAGUAGGUGGAUAUCAAAAUCUUAAAAUAAUAUAUAUUUAAUUGUUUAUAUUUGUAUCUGCUCUAAAUUUAUUGUGGAUAAUAAUUAGAAUAUAUAUAUUAAAUCUUAAAAUAA